GGUCUACCUCCGAUGGCGAAAGUGGUCACAGCAACGAGGAGCGGGGGUACUCGGAGGAUUUUAGGGAGCGCAGGUUCCAGAAUGGUAAUGAAGCAUACUCCGGUCAGCAGCAGAGAGAGGGCCGUGGUAAUGGUCGCGGCGCACGGGGUGGAGCUACCUUCGCAAGCGGACGAGGCAUGUUUGCUGCCGAUGGGAGUGGUGGUCGGUACAACGCCCCAGGCGCACGGUCAGGGAGUUUUGCCCCGGAUAGUCGGGCGCAAGUUGAGCGGACUUCUGGCUGGCAGGCAAAUUCUGGGGACGACGGUGUCAGUGAUUACGUCAGCGAUGAUGAUGGUGGAGUCCAGACGAGGUCAUUUGAAAGGGGCCGCCCUAGGGUUCCGAAGGGGGGGAUCCCCCCAGGUCUUCCUGGAGGCCCCCCGGAAGAACCGGGCGUCCCCUUCCGGCGCACGCUCCUGAAGAAGGAACUGUUCGAGAAGCAGGGAAAGCAAUUGGCGGGGAACUUGGGGCUCGAUGAGCGGGACUUGUACGGAUGGAAGGCGAACGAUUUGCGCAAUUCUGACGCGUUGGAUGAGGGGAAGCGUCCAGAGUUUCGCGACUUUUCGCAGCGCGACAUUUUCCGGGACAGGAUUCGGACAGCCCCCGAGCCUCGGCCCCCCCCUCAAAAUCGAUUCUCGUCGGAAGACAGGCCGUCCAAAACUGGGCCAAAAACGCCCUGGGUUAGGAACGGGGUCAGCUCGCCCCCUUCUGAAAGGCGAUUCCAAUCAGAUUCUUCGCCAUUUGACAGCCGCCCUGGAAGCCCCCAGUUUAGAAACAGGGUUAGCGCGCCCCCAAACUCCCGGCAAGGCGGUAGAGGCGCCUCUGGUCGGAUGGCCCCCAGCGACUUCCAGAACCAGGCGGUUACGCCGUUCCAGAAACCCAAACCUCCCGGGUUAGACGUCGGCCCAACAAUUGACAGCAUCAAACCCCGGUUCGUGCCCCGAGAGGACCCACCCGACACUAACCACCUCGGAUGGAAACCCGAAAACAACAGAGGUUAUCGGCCCCCAAGAGAGACGAGAUACAAUGCAGCGGUAGAGUCGCCUCCGGUCUACCGCCCCCCGCAGGAACCGAAUUUUGACAGGGGGGAGGAUUUGCCCCAGGGAGGAGCCCCCCAGCAGUGGCUGAGGAGGCCGCCGGCCCCCCCGGUGUCGAGGUUUAGGCCGGUAGCGAGAGAUGGGGAGAUCCAGUUUGAGGAGGAGAAAGGGGGGAAGCAGAGACCGUCGGGAUUGGAGCAAGAGGACGACGGAUUUUGGGACGAGGAGCACGGGGGGGAGGAGAUCUCGUUUGCGAGGGCGGCCCUCAGUCACGACCUUGAGGUGGAAGAUUUGGAGGAGGCGCAGUACCGGAUGCAGGAGGAAGAGCGUGCAGAGAAGCUGCGGCGGCGGCGAGCGAUGUAUCGGGCAGAAAUGAUUCUGGAGGAAGCGGAGCUCAAGCGGCUGAGGAGGAACGCAAUUCGACAGCGCUGGUUCCUCAAGAUAGGCAAGACGGGCGUGACGAACACGGUCCUGGACGAGAUUUACAAGGUGUGGGAGAACCUGGAGGUGGCCAAGCUGAAGGUGCGCGAGGAUGCGCUCCACGGCCAGAUGCGCGCGCUGCACAACACUCUCGAGGAGAAAACCGGCGGGCUGGUAAUCCUGCGCACUGGCACUUUGAUCCACCUGUACCGGGGACCGGACUACAAGGGCCCCCCGCCACGAUCCAAGAUCAAUGACAUCACGGAAGCGAUUGGCGACCAGGACUUGUUUGGAGAGAGCGACGACCUGGAGGAAGGAGACCUUAUGACGCAGUUCGAGGUGGAAGAUGGCAUCACUUCGGUCGCUCCUAUUCUGCUCCGCGACCACACGGAGGACGUCCCCCAGUUUGCGCGCAAGGUGGCGCUCAUGUCGGGCGGCGAGAAGGGCGGCGUGCGCAAGCGCCUGACGGAAAAGCCCGUGCGAUGGCUGCCUCCGGGGCAGACCGCCAAGCUGACCAACUUUGAGAUGAUGAUGCUGCGGCGCAAGGGGAAGCGGAUCAAGCCGGCGUUCGUGCUUGGCCAGCAGCGGCGCUUCGACGGCCUGGCUGCGGCGAUCAUGGAGUACUGGGAGCGCAACGAGAUAGUCAAGAUCAGCUGCCGCGCGGUGAUCAACGCUAACCUUGAGAGGACGGCCAAGGCCAUUCAGGACCUCAUCGGGGGAGUUCUGCUCGUCAAAGAGGGCGGCCUCAUCUCCAUCUACCGCGGCAAAGACUACCUCCCCCUCCGUAUCGGCGAGGCCCUACGCCGCUACCAGCAGCGCAUGAUCGCCGAGAAAGCCGCCGAGCGGGAACAAGAGUCCGCGGCACUCGAAAUUUCGGACGGUGAAACAGUGCCGAUGGAAGCGCCGAGCGCGACGUGGGUUGCGGAAGCCGGCGUUUCCGAGCGGGAGUUUGAGGAGGAGCUGGCGGAAGACGAAAAGGUCGCGAGGGAAGAGCUGAAAGUGGCUGGGGAGGUGGAAUCUCUAGAGGUUCCGGGCGGUUCGGAGGGAGUUGCGAGCGUUUUGGACGCUGUGGAGAGUGGUUCGGACGCCGAGAAGGCGGAGGUUAGCGACGGGGUUAGGGCGUCCGUUAGCGGAACCAGUUCGGAGGGGGUAUCGCCUCUGUUGGAAAAGGUGUUGUCGGCUGAGGAGGGUUUGGUAAGCAGCUCCGGACGGUCCGAAUCUGAGGCAGCGUCCGGAGCGAACGAGACUGUGAAACGGUUGAGGGCGUUGUUGGACGCGACUUCCGGCGAGAGCGCUGCCGAUUCGGCCACCGGCGAGUCGGUCGACAACGAAGAGGAAAACGAUGCGGAUGCUGUGUCGGACGGUACAGGAGCAGAUGCGGACGCUGCAAAGCUGAUUUCGGACGCUGCGAGCUCAGUCUUGGACGCUGCCAUUCAAGAUUCGGACGGUGCAUUUCUGGAUUCGGACGCCACGAGCGCGGAUUCGGACGGUGUGAACAAGCCCGCGCCCAAGCUGGUGAAGGAUCUGGUGGUUCUCGACGACGAAGUCCCGCAGGCGCGGAUCGAUCAGAUGCUCGAGGCAGUCGCGGCGUAUCGGCGGCGGGACGUCGAGACGCUGACGCCCGAGGAGCGCGCGGCGCUGCGCAAGAAGGGGCUCGGCGAGCGGCGCUUCCUGCAAGUCGGGCGGCGUGGCGUGUUUUCUGGGACGAUCCAGAACAUCCAUCUACACUGGAAGCGCCACGAGCUGUGCAAGGUUAAGUGCACCGGAAUCCGGCCGGAGAUCGUGCCCAUUGUUGCGGAACAGCUUGCGGUUGAGAGCGGGGGCGUGCUGGUAGACUACGUAGGGACGACGAUCCUGCUGUACCGCGGCAAGAACUACAUCGCCCCCGAGACGAUCGUCCCCGUCCACAUGCUGAACAAGCAGGAGGCGUUGCGGCGCGCCAAAGCGGAGCAGCGCGCGCAGUCGCUGCUAGACCUGGAGAUUCAGCGACAGGAGGAGCUGGCGAAACAGCGGAAACGCCUCGAGUACAGCCUUAAGCUGGAGCAGGCGGCCGAGGCCCCCAAGAAGAAGAAGCAGGAAUACCCGCUGGCGCCCGGCGUGCGCGAGUAUGUCGUUAUCCCUGAAGCGGUGGAACUCAACACCACCGUCGAAAUGGAGCUCCGGAAACAGGGUCCGCUCAUCCCGAAGGAGCACAACCAGCCGGAUCUCCCGGCCUUCUGGCGCGCACCGGACAUGUCCCCCCUGCAGAAGCAGAAGAUUGCCCGGAUGUCCAAGCAGGAGCGCACCAACGCCUUCCUCGUCGGCAAGCGCGGAAUCACGGAGGGUCUGGGCCUGACCAUCCGGCAGCACUUCUACAAGCACGCCUUUGCCAAGGUGUCGCUCAAGCAGCGGCCGAACGGGAUCACCGUCAAGGAGUGCAUGAUCGAACUAGAGCGAUUGACGGGCGGGGUCUGCGUGUCCAAGGAGCCCACCCGGGUUAUCAUCUACCGGGGUUGGGAACCGGGCACCGAUCCACCGUGGAUUAAGAAGGAUCCGGAGACCGGGGCCGUCCUCCUCCCGCGGCGGCCGUUGAUCGCGCAAGUUCUCCGAGAGGCCGAAGAAGCUGAAAUGGACGAUCAAUCGGAAGAAAAGUCGGACGCGGAAAACGGUGAGGAUUGGAAAACGCAAGGGACGAACGUGUACGGUGAGCGGGACGACUUUACUAUGGGGACGGACGCAGACUGGGAGGGAGAAGAAGGGCCAGGGGGGGACGACGAUUUCGGGGGAGGGUUUGACGAGGACGAAGUGCCCCCGGUUUUGGGUGAGGAAGAUGACGACGAGAGCGAAGGGGGAAGGAGCGGGGGCGCGGAUAAGGGGGCUGCGCUACCCCCCAUGUUGUUUGUAGAUACCAACGGUGUGGCGCACUCUAGUCUUGAACCCGCUCCUUGAGUCAAGUUGAUUCGAGGAGGGACCUUGGAAAGAGCAAGCGGACGAGAAUUGUCGGACCGGUUUUGUCGAGCAGGCUGGUGAGAGCAUUGGUGCGAAAAUUGUGAUUGCGAACUGCGCAGUCGUCUGCGAACCUUGAUUGGCAGGGGCUACACGCAACAUUAUGAGUUGAUCUACGGAAGCCAGGGCUUGACUUUGCUUCGACAUUCAAAUUGCCUAGCUCGACGGAGGGUGGAGUGA